CACUCACACACUAUAUCAUCUUAAGAUUUUAAAUUGUACCCUUUUUUUUUUUGUCAUAUUCAUGGGAAGUGAUGAAAUCAGCACUGAGAUUAUAGAAACAUCUGCACUGAUGACAUGAGGUUCUGUAAACAAAAUAAGGUUCAGCCCAUGUAAAUUAAGCUCUAUAAAAACAGCACAAAGGGAGGAGAGUUAGGAGGUUCACUCCAUUUGCCUUGAGGUACAACACAAUCUACACCUUCUGACUUUUUUAUGGCUAAGUUUUGUUGUCAAAAUGAACUUAACCCAAUACACCAAUUUGAGCAGCACGCCUAAUUCGAACGAAGGAAAUCAGAAGCUUUUGCUGGUGCAGGUGCUGGUGGGGACUCUUCUCUAUGUGAACGGACUGAUGAUUUUCACUUUUUUGAAGAAAGAGGCCUUCAGGGAAACGCGCUACAUUCUGUUUGCUCAGACUCUUUUUGCUGACUCUGCUCUUAUGCUGUUGACUGAUUUAACCCUCAUGGGGUCAUUUUACCAGUACCCUGUGCAUAUAAUUCCUUGCUAUAUCUUCUGCACACUUACAUCUUUGGUCUCUGUUGUUUCACCCAUGACUCUUGUCGCCAUGUGUUUGGAGCGCUAUGUAGCCAUAUGUAUGCCUUUAAGACAUUCUAGCAUCUCCACCCCUAAAAACACCUUCAUUGGGCUUCUCGUCAUAUGGAGUGUCAGUUUUAUCAUCCCAUUGUUUAUUUUCAUAGUCUGUUUUGUCUAUAUUCCUCCUGGUUUCUUGCGCAUUUAUGUUGUGUGUACAGUGGAGGCCAUGUUACAGAUAAAAUGGCUGGCAGACAUGAGAGCGACGAGUCUGCAGCUCUUAUUCAUCAUGAUGUUCAGUAUUAUUGUCUCCACCUACAUUAAGAUUAUGUUGGCGGCCAGAUCUGCCUCAGAGAAGAAAAACUCAACAAAUAAGGGUCUCAAAACUAUAAUUCUCCAUGGUGUUCAGCUGCUUCUGUCUAUGAUGCAGCUUUUAAUCCCUUACAUAGAAAUGCCUUUAUGGAAAGUAAAUGUCAUGCUGUUUGUGAAUGUAAGAUACUCAAAUUUCAUCUUGUUUUUGAUCUUGCCUCGUUGUUUGAGUCCCUUAGUUUACGGAUUAAGAGACAAAAAGUUUUAUAAUGCUCUUAAAUAUUAUGCCUUUUGUGGCAUUUUGGCAUGUAAUAAGCACAAAAUAAGAGAUGGAAAGACCUUUAGAGGAGUAGUAAGCAUUUCCAUACACAAUUAA